UUGACGUCACCAGCACGCGCCCCGCCGCUGCCAUCUGCUGGCGUGCUGGUCCCGCGCUUCCAGCCUGGGGACUCGCGGCGGCCUGGUUCAGCAGUCGCCCAAGUCUCGGGGCCCUCGCGCUGCACCCAACAUGUCGAUGCUGGCGGAGCGUCGGCGGAAGCAGAAGUGGGCUGUGGAUCCAAGAAACACUGCGUGGAGUAAUGAUGAUUCCAAGUUUGGCCAGAGGAUGCUAGAGAAGAUGGGGUGGUCUAAAGGAAAGGGUUUGGGGGCUCAGGAGCAAGGAGCCACAGAUCAUAUUAAAGUUAAAGUUAAAAAUAACCACCUGGGACUUGGAGCUACCAUCAAUAAUGAAGACAACUGGAUUGCUCAUCAGGAUGAUUUUAACCAGCUUCUGGCUGAACUGAACACUUGCCACGGGCAGGAAAUAGCAGACUCCUCAGACAAUAAGGAAAAGAAAUCUUUUAAUCUUGAGGAAAAGUCCAAAAUCUCUAAAAACCGGGUCCAUUACAUGAAAUUCGCGAAAGGGAAGGAUCUGUCGUCGAGGAGCAGCACGGAUCUUGACUGCAUUUUUGGGAAAAGGCAAAGCAAGAAGACUGCUGAGCAGGAUGGUCCCAGCCCCUCCACUGCAGACGGGAGCGAGCCCUCCACGACGACCACCAGCGCCUUCACCAUCCAGGAGUACUUUGCCCUCCGGAUGGCCCAGCUCCAGAGCAAGCCACGGCUCCCAGCUCCCCAGCCUGGCCUCUCGGAGACCCAGGUGGAACGGAAAAGCAGAAAGAAAAAACACAAAGAGGCGGCAGACAACCAUGAUGAAAAUUACUCCCAGCCCAAGGCCAAGCGGUCUAAAAAGGACGAGAGCCAGGGCUGUGUGGCCAAGAAGAGAGGGCCAGCCGAGUGGCAGCCCAGAGGGCCCCGUGGGGAUGAGCACUCAGAGGUCCCUGCUGAGGGCUGUGUGCAACCUCCUGGUGGCCAGGAUUGUACCCUAAAGCCCAAAAAGAGGAGAGCAAAGGACAAGCCACAGAGGCCAGCAGAGGUGGCUGCAGAUGCCACACUGGACAACGAAGGUCCCAUGGUGAAAAAAAGGAAAAAGAAGAAGAAGAAAAAGAAGGAGGAGGAGGAGGCGGCGGCAGCUUCCAGGUGAGCUCCCGCCAGCCCGGGCCUUCCGACCACUCCGCUGUUGUGCUGCCGGGCAAACUCUUUGGCCUGGAGUCAGAGCUGUGAGCCCCACGCAGCUCGGGCAUAUCCUUCAACGUGCCCGUGGAUUGCCGAGUCUCGCCCUCUCGCCACAUUUCCCCAAGUCAUUGUCCCGGGAGAGCAGUUUUAGCAUUCCAGAUCAUGGCUCUUUAUAUAAACAAAUAAAUGUCUUUUUAAACUCUGA